AUGUUGAAAACAAUUCCAGAAAUCUCGAUCGUCGACUCGAGCUUGAAGGUGCUUGUAGUAGAAGACUGCAGAGCUUUCAGGCGCCUUCCUUCCAGCAUCGGCAACCUCAAGUCGUUGGAGGUACUAGCCUUGAUUGGUGCAGCUAUCAGAAUGUUGCCUUCGUCAAUACAAGAACUAGACCAGCUUCGUACGCUGGACUUGACUAAUUGCAAAAUGUUGGAGUCUAUACCCGGUGCGAUCAGCAGGCUCGAUCGUCUCUCUCAACUCUAUCUACUGGGCUGCGAGAGCCUUCGUUCUUUGCCCGAACUUCCUCUCAAUGUGAAGCUUUUAGUCGCCAGUAAUUGCAAGUCGUUGCAAACAGUUUCGAGCAACAACUUUAGCAAGCUCCAUUUCUUGAACCUCAACUUGGUGGGUUGUCUCCAGUUAGACCGCAAGUUGCUCUGGAGAAUGCUUGCAAAAUUGCCGCUUCAGGAUGUCUCUCAACGAACUCAGGUAUGUACAUAUAAUAUAUAUAUAGUAUGCCUAGCUAAAUGUUUGGUUAUUCGUCUUUAUGCUGCAAAUCCAGAACACAGAAGAGCACUGGGUCGCAUUUUAUUAAAAAAUUAG